AUGGCAUCAAAUUCAAAAUCAAACAAUACAAAGAAGGAUCAAAAUCAACAAAAACAACAUAAUAAACAACAUCAACAAAACAAGAACCAUCAAAAUAACAACCAACAACAAACCCCUUCAUCUCAAACAUCUCAAACAUCUACUCCAAGCUUAGUACCGGCUUCAAGUCUUCCUUCAAAACCUUCAUUUACUAAAAAAACAUCAGGUUGGGCUGCUAUAGCCGCCUCUAAAAGUACAACACCUGAAACUUCAACUUCAACAUCAACACCAUCAACAAAUACAAAUCAAUCAUCAUCUAUCCCAUCAAAUCAACAACCAAAAAAACAACCAUCAAAUAAUAAUCAACAGCGCCCUUCAACAAAUAAAAAAUCAACUUCACCAUCAUCUGAUUCCAAAUCAACAAAACAACAACAACAAUCUCAACAACAACAGCCGUCAAAACCUAAAACAACAACAACAACUAACAAAAGUCAUAAAUCAAUCAAUGAUUUCAAUUCAAAUGAUAUUUUUGAAUUCUUAACUAAAAGAACUGAAGAAUUAAAUUCAAAUUCAUUUUUAAAACAUUAUAAAUCAAAUGGUCAAGAAUGGUCAAAACUGAGUUCAAAAUCAAAUAAAAAAAAUGAAAAAAAUAAUGAUUUAGUUGCUUUAGAAUUAUCAAAAUAUAUAAAUAAUUAA